CGCCGAUGGGGCGUCUUCUGCCCCCGUAAAGGGGGAAGGAAGGAAGGAAGGGCGGCCUGCGCGUUGCCUUCUCGGGCAGCCCCGGAGGGCCCGCGCCUCUCCCCGUAAUUGAAACCCGUUGCCGUCGGGCGGGAGGACGCCCUUCCUGAAGCCGCCUAAUCCUCUGUGACCUGCAUUGGCCUCGUUUCCUCCUCUCUCUGCUUAACGCUUCCCCGCCUGCCUUCUUCCUCCUUGGGGUGUUACCACGCCUCGUUCUCUCGGACAGUCGCCGCAGUUUUAUUUAUCGGAGGCGGCUCUUCCAUCCUGACUAGGCGGUGUGGCUUCUCUGUGUCACAGAAUAUAUAUUACCUCUCCAAAGAGGCCAUGGCGCGACGCAUGCGCAAUAGCAGAGCUUGGCGAUACGUUCUGAGUGGGGUACGCCGAGAAUCGGAUUCACGGACUUUAACAACGGCUUCUGGGACGCCUGGCUGGUCAUCUGACACUGAUGGGCAGCAGCACAGCGACUCUGAUUCAGAGUCAGAAUUUCCUUCUCAGUUGCCUUCCAUACCCACAGCCAUACCUGUGACAGGAGAAUCUUACUGCAACUGCGAGAACCAGAACGAAACUCCAUAUUGCUCUAGCUUCCACAUGGCUCAUCGGAUGAAAGAUUGCCAGUGUGGAGAGGAAGAUGAUUAUUUUGACUGGGUAUGGGAUGAAUUGAACAAAUCAGCAAAUACUCUUUUGACCUGUGACAAUCGUAAGGUAAAUUUCCACAUGGAUUACAGUUGUGGGACCGCUGCCAUCCGGGGGAACAAGGAGCUAGCAGAGGGCCAGCACUUCUGGGAAAUCAAGAUGACCUCACCUGUCUAUGGCACUGACAUGAUGGUGGGAAUUGGAACAUCAGAUGUGAACCUGGAUAAAUUCCGUCACACAUUCUGUAGUCUGUUGGGAAAAGAUGAAGACAGCUGGGGUCUUUCCUAUACGGGACUCCUCCAGCACAAGGGGGAACGGAACAAUUUUUCGACAAGGUUUGGACAGGGCUCCAUCAUUGGGGUGCAUCUGGACACAUGGCAUGGAACUUUAACCUUUUUCAAAAACAGGAAAUGUAUAGGUGUGGCUGCCACCAAGCUCCAGAACAAGAGAGUGUACCCCAUGGUGUGUUCAACGGCAGCCAAAAGUAGCAUGAAGAUCAUCCGCUCCUGUGCCACCCCCACCUCUCUGCAGUACCUCUGCUGUUACCGUCUCCGCCAGCUGCUUCCCGACUACGUGGACACGCUAAAGGUUCUCCCCCUCCCUCCAGGACUCAAGCAGAUUUUGCAUAACAGGUUGGGCUGGGUGUUGAGCAUGAACUGUGGCUCCCUCCAGUCCUCCUCCUCCCCCUCCCCCUCUUCCUCUACCUCCUCAGGGAGCGAUUCAGACAGCUCUUGCGGCUCAGACGCUGAGGCGCGUCAUCGGAAGAGAUGCAGGUGGAGGACUUAAUUCCCCCCCCCCCAAUUUCAAAAGACGGUGUUGUCGUCGUGAAGGAUGAGCUGUCUCCCCCCCCCCGUGUUACCGAGUGACGUUUACCUUCCUGAUUGUUCCCUGUUUGAACACUAAAGCCCAUUUCAACCUACCAUUAAGAGACAAGCAAUUUCCACGACGUUAUUCUACCACCUAGCCAGCGGGUCAUCAACUCUGCUUUGCCAAGAUUUCUGGGACAGGUUGUUCGGCAGCCCAGUGUACCGAUCAGAUAUCCUUCCUGAAGCGAAAGGAAACCUAAGAAGCUACCACGUGUGCUAGGUGAAUUGCAGUAGAUGGCGCCCGUGUUUUGGAGCGGAGCAGGCUAUCCAAAGCCAAAUGGUUCUCCUCGAUCGUCAGUGCUUCGGCCCUUGAUGAACAUCCAGAAGAGAAGAACAUUGACAGCGUAAGGGGUAUCGUGAGCCCUGUACCUCUUCCACUUGCUUUGCAUGUCUAUUACUUCUCUUGUAUUGAACUAUACCCAGACGAAUUAAAAUAUAUACAGACUUUGUUCCCGUGAUGAUAGGCUAGUCCAUCAACCUAACUGUCCCUCUCAUCUAAGGUAAUUCUAAUCAGGUUCCCUAAUUCUUCAUUAUUGGGAGUCAGACAAUGCCAGGCUAGUAGUUGGAAUUAUGUGAAUGAACUUCAGCGGUGGAUGUCCCCCCCCCGCCACCCUUUCUUUUGGAUCUUGAAUCCUGCAUUUCCUUCCACAGCUAGCCAUAAUCUACUUCUUUAGAGGUAUUCCCAUCCCAUGUGUAUUUAAAUAUUCCAAUUCGUUCUUCGAUUUUUGUCAUAAAAAGGAACUGCAACGAUGUGUACUGGCGGGGCAUUUUGCAGUUUCAAAGCCAGUAUUGGUUAUGGUUUUUCCCUGUUUUACUUAACAGCUCUGAGGGGAGCCAGAAAAGGCUCUCUUUGAUAUUUUUAAUGUAUGGAUAAGCACAAGGGCAAUUACGUUCCCUUCGGUUUCUCCUGCGCAUGACGAAGUGUGGUUCAUUGUGAAAGGAGGUGUAUGAAGGGAACAAAGCUGCAUCAUUUUGUAAUAAACCAUUAUUAAUUUCCGAA